GCAACUGCGCCGUCGCCUAUUGUUGUUUUGUUGUGCUGCGCAAAGAAGAAAAAUACAUACGAACGAACUGCCGUGGAAAAAUCGAAGCAGAGAGCCAAUCGGAAAAGCAAUAACAACUUGGCUCUCUCUCAACAUAAACAGUUAGCUGGUGAUAAGGGAAAUCGAAUUACUUUUUGUUGCAAAAAGAAAACAACAAGAACGCUAAUCUUAAAGGUGGAAUCACCAAUAAAACACGCCUGCAGGUGACCAAAAAAUGCGUUGCAGUUUGCACAAGGACUGCGCAGCUCCCACGCAGGAAAAUUUUCGUCAGCAGAUGCGUUUCCAAAUUGUGAUUUCCCUGCUUUUGUUGCUUUUCUUCUGCGGCGAGAGUGUCGCCGCUGACGCAGCCGAUCAGCUGAAAUUCUCCACCACGGAAUGUAAAAUCAAGGAGCCCAUUUACGGCAACACCUUCGACUUCAGUGGCCUCCACUCGGACUUGGGCCAUGUGGUGAAGAGCGAGAGCAAUGGAGCCGACCAAUUCGAGUUCAAUAUAUGCGGAAAUCUUUCAAAAACCUGCAAUGGCGAAAGUAAUGUGGCAGCAUGCCUCAAAAAGCAGGGAAAGGAGCAUGUUUUGGGUGGCCAGCAUGAGUUGUUCUACAACCAUGGAAAUAUGUAUCUGAAGUAUAAGAGCGGCGCAAAGUGCGACAAUGGCACUGCCGACAUUCCCAACUACCAGCUGCAUGUACGGCUCACUUGCGACUAUACUUUGGAUGCGCAGCCUAUCCACAUAACGGCUUAUGCAGACGAUGCCUGUUCUUUUUACAUCUCCUACAGGACGCCACUGGCCUGCCUUUCCAUUCCCGAUGGCCUGCAAUCCAAUAGUUGCAGAGUGGGGGACACCAAGUCGAAUGGAACCUUCGACCUGAUGCCGCUGAGUGAUAGUAACUACCGCACUACCGAUCGUCAGGGUGCCUUCUUUCUGAUCAAUAUCUGUAAACCGGUGCUAUACGGAGAGAACAGCAUGUGUCCUGCCGGCAGCAGCGUUUGUCUAUAUAAUAAGAAAGCCACCAAUCCAAAAGAACGAUUUAUCAAUUUUGGCAAUGUACAAACGCAUCCGGUGGUGGAGAAUGGGCAGCUUUUGCUCAGGCAUGAGUCCCCAACGCCCUGUGCGAAGAACACCAGUGUAAACUACACCAGCGUGAUUUACUUCAGCUGUGACAAGUUCAUCAGGAAUGCCCAUCCGGAGUUCGCGGGUCUAGGAGCUGAUUCCUGCACCUACCAGUUCAACUUUGUAACGCCUUUGGCCUGUAAUGAUCUCAAACCGUGCACGGCCUUCACCUCCACAAAUGAGCUGUUGGAUCUGAGUUCGCUUAGCUCUAAGCCCGCUCGCACUUUGCUCAAGGAUGGCAAGAACUAUACAAUUGCAGUGUGCGCACAUGCUGGGGCGCCCUGCCAGGAAAAUGGCGGCGCUUGUUACGAGCAGAAUUCCACGACCACCAGCCUGGGCAACUCCAACUCGCAGCUGCGUUUCAAUCAGACCGGUUCGCUGUAUUUGCUGUAUGAGGAUGGGGCCGAGUGCUCCGCAGCAUCGGGCAUGCGGCGCUGGUCGACGAAAAUCGAGUUUGUCUGUGCGAACAAUGCCACCAAGGACAAUGGAGUCAGCACUGCUGGCGGUAGCGAUUCUUUGAAAAUAAUUGAGGACUCCAAUUGUCAGCUGUUGAUCCAAUAUCAGACGCCGCUUGCCUGCCGGGAGCCGAUUAGAUGCAAGGCAACCACCUACGUGGACCACACAACCGAUGGACUGGGCAGCAGCGGCGACGAACUGAUCGACCUAACGCCAUUGAUUAGCGCCAGCGACAACUACGAGGCACGAGUGGAGCUGCCGGCCAGCAUGGAGCACCUGGUGCCCAAGACGACCAAGUUCUUUUUGAAUGUGUGCCGUCCAUUAGUGCCCAAAUACCAAUUAGGCUGUGCCGGCGGAUCUGCUGCCUGCAUGGCCAAAGUGACGGCCGCCGGCGCCCCCGAGGAGGAGCGUAGCAUGGGUUUUCCGCUGGUGUCACUGACGCAACGGAAUCGCACCUUCGCCGAGCUGGUUUACUUAAGGGGAGACCCCUGUCCCAGCGACAACACCACGGAGCUCUCCACGCACAUCCUUUUCAACUGUGAUAUGCGUACCGGUCGGGGACAGCCCGUGCUGCGUUCGAUUGAGGACUGCGCCUACCGCUUCGAGUGGGCCACCAAUGUCUUCUGUCCGCCGCACGAGUGCACCUUCAGUGAGGACACCUGCGAUCUGGUGCACGACGAGCUGGGUCGGCGUUUCAACUUCAAGAGUGCGCCGUUCACCAAGGAUGGCAAGAUUGAGAUUGACUACAACGCCACGAAGAUGUCGGUAAACAUUUGCGGAGCGCAUCGCAAGGCGAUGACGGACUAUUCGCAGGCGCUGGUCAACAUAUUCUUCACACACGUGUCGCCUAAUUGCGGUCGGGAAGGCACGAUGAACGUCCAGAUUCGGCUGAUAUGCAGCAACCAGACGGAGAGCAGCAGCACCAUCUCGAGCGACCAGCAAUGCAAUUUGCUUUAUGUGCAGCGAACGCCGAGCAUCUGUGAGUUCCUUUCCCUUGGCGCGACCCAGCAGGAUUCCGUAUCCAAUGGCUCCACGAGCAGCAGCACCAGCAGCACCACCUCCACCACCACCAGCACCACCAGCAGCCCCACUACCCGGGCAUCGCCAGCGGGUAAGCCAACCAAGGCGGCCACGUCGACAACGACAACAACAGCUGGUCCCGAUCCGGCGGCUACUCCCAUUGGGCCAACGGCGUCCGUGGGCACCAUCCUGGGGGCCAUUCUCUCGGUGACCUUCUGCGUGACGUGCCUGGGCCUGUUGGCCUUUUCGCCGGCGCGGAGGCAGCGCGUCCGCCGCCUCUUCCGGCGCAGCAACUCCGCGGUGCGAUACUCCCGGGUGCAAUCCAAUGAGGAGGCCAAUCUGCUGUUGGAGCCCAAUGGAGAGUUCACCGAAAGCGAUGACGACAUGCUGCUUUAGGUGGGCCCAAUCUAAGCCAAGUCGUCGUCGAACGCCUUAUUCGCCAUUAGGAGGAUGGGGCUGGGGCACAUGGUGUGGACACACAGAGGAGCGGGGGUAGUUAGUUAAAGUCGCGAGAGAUCCCAAAGUGAGUAACAUAGGACACCAAAGAAGACAUUACUGAAAACUGGAACUGAUUGAACUGUGAGCUAAACAAAACAAUUGAAAACUAAAGAGAACUGUAGUAGGCAAGUAGGGAUAAGAUAAGGAGGUGAACUGCUGAUAUAAAACUGUACAAUACGCGUAGGCAACAACGACGACUUACGAAAACCAAUUACCGGAACCAUAUAUAUAUACACAUUAUAUAUUUUAUAUACCCUUCGUAUGUAAAGGAAAAUCCCCAACCUAACCCGUACCUAUAGCUAUAGUUAAAUGCGGCCUGCAUUCGCCAGAGAAUUGCAAAGGACAAUUGCUUGAAUCGUAUUUUCGCUGAGGGCUAAAUGUAUAAUCCGUGUAGCGCAGCAGCUUUUUCCUUCCAUUAAAUAUGUGAUUUCAUUUUUAGCAUUUUCAAGUGCAGCUUGUAAGUGGUAUUCCUUUGAAACGAUUUGUAUUUUACUCUAAGGCAAUCUGUACUUACAUUUUUGUUUGCGUCUUGUGUUGUUUUUUAGUUCAAUAAGGCGAGCCACAAUUUAAACGGCUGAGUGUACACUUUUAAAU